AUGACAAUGAGAAAAAGUCAUACUUCAAUUUCCGCUCUUCUAUUAUCGUCGAUCUACACGUCAGCAGAUGCCGCCAUCUUUAAAAAUGGCGGCUCUGGUGCAGAGUCCCCUUGCCGAUGCUUCCCCGGCGACACAUGCUGGCCUGCCAUCGACGCGUGGGACGCAUUCAACACAUCAUUGGGAGGGAAGUUGAUAUCGACGAUCCCAAUCGGCGCUCCCUGUCACCGUAACACAGCAACUGGGUACAACUCUGACCAAUGCAGGAACCUGCAGGACCUGUGGUUUCUCCCAGAGACGCAUCUGCAGAGUUCAUCAUCUACGAUGGCACCCUUCUUCACAAACAACUCGUGUAACCCCUUUUCGGAACCGGAUACCACCUGCGGCUUAGGAAACUACGUCACAUACGCUGUGGAGGCAAUCGAUGCUGCUGAUUAUCAGAAAGUUUUAGAAUUCAGUAGUUCGCAUAACAUCAGAUUGGUAAUUCGAAAUACUGGUCACGAUUACAAUGGAAAGUCUACCGGCGCGGGCGGCUUGGCUUUAUGGACUCAUAAUCUAAAAUCUAAAGAGCUUAAACAAUACAAUAGCACCAAUUAUUCCGGUGCAGCAUUGAAAUUCGGAGCCGGCGUUCUCGGAUAUGAAGUUUCCGAGUUUGCAGACUCUCACGGGCUCGUUGUUGUCGGUGGAAACCAACCCACUCUUGGAUUUGCUGGUGGUUAUAUCCAGGGAGGUGGUCACGGUCCUUUAGCGUCCAAGUACGGGCUGGCCGCUGAUCAGGUCCUCGAAUGGGAUGUUGUACUUGCCUCAGGGGAAACUGUUACAGCGUCAGCUAGCUCUGCAUAUGCAGACCUAUAUUGGGCGCUCUGUGGUGGAGGCGGUGGUAUUUUCGGUGCCGUUCUUUCAGUGACGGUUAAGGCUUAUCCAACAAUAUCUUUCUCGACGGCCAGUUUGACAUUUGUAGUUCCCGAAAACGCUUCGGAUGCAGUUGUCGAUGCUUAUUUCAAGGCUGUUGGUUCCUUCAACCAGCUUGUUCCUUCGAUUAACGAUGCUGGCGCUGUUGCCGUUUGGCUUGUAACAGCUCAGGCAUUUGUAUUAUCGACUGUAUAUGCCCCCGGACUUGACAAAAAGGGGGUGGAUACCCUUCUUCAACUAUUUCUGGAUGAACUGGAUACUUCGAAGAUACAAUACCAAUACAAUUCUCAGGAGUAUUCAAGUUUCUUAGAAACAUUCCGUGCCCAAGUGCCAGUUAAUAUUUCAAAUAUCAACAUUGGAGGACGAUUGAUCCCCCGAACACUCGUCGAGGAAAACAACGAAGCUUUAACGGCUGCGAUCCGCAACAUAACGUACAGCGGCGCCCUAUUUUCUGGUGUGUCUUUCAACGUCUCAAGACAUGCUCCGGACUCAAUCGCGGCAAACCCAUAUUUACGAGACGCGAUAUUUGACGCCGUAGUAGCGACGCUUUUUGACUACACGAACUGGGAGACCAAUUUGCAGAGCAUAAACGCAAUUACGAAUGUCUAUCUUGCUCAGCUUAAGAGCCUGACUCCUAACGGUGGCGCAUAUCUGAGCGAAUCGGAUUUCCAGCAACCUGAUUGGGAAUUAACGUUAUACGGGGCACAUUACGAUAGGCUCAGCCAGAUAAAAUCAAAAUAUGACCCGGAUGACCUAUUUUACGCUCUAGGGGGCGUUGGGAGCGAGAGAUGGGCCCAGAAAUCAGAUGGAAGGCUGUGUAAAGUGUAG